AGACGGCGGAGGCGGCGGCGGCAGUGGCACGGUCGGCGGCGGUCGGCUGAGCCUGCACCUUCGUCCUUGCGGAGGCGGCGGUGGCGGCGGCAUCGCCGAAAGUGACAGCGCUCCGGAUUACCCGCCGAGCGCUGCGGCAGCGCGGAGCAGGGAGGCGGCGGCGGCGGCGCUGCACGCGGCAAGAACCCUGUUGGGCGCGGGGGUGGCCAACCCUUGCUCGCCCACCCCCGAGCCGCCCUUCUGGAAGAUGCCACACAAAGAAGAGGACUUGAUGCACGGGGGUGGCGCGGGUAUCGGCGGGGGUUCUAUGGUCGGACAGAACUCAAUAUUUGGGUGCUCGGCUGCAGGACACAGCGGGGUUAACCAGCUCGGCGGCGUUUACGUCAAUGGCCGACCAUUGCCGGAUUCCACGAGGCAGAAGAUCGUCGAGCUGGCCCACAGCGGGGCUAGACCGUGCGACAUAUCGCGCAUACUGCAGGUCAGCAAUGGAUGCGUCUCCAAGAUCCUCGGCAGGUAUUACGAGACCGGCUCGAUCAAGCCACGGGCGAUCGGCGGCAGCAAGCCACGGGUGGCGACAACCCCCGUGGUCAACAAAAUCGCCGAUUACAAACGGGAGUGUCCCUCGAUCUUCGCCUGGGAAAUUCGCGACCGGCUCCUGCAGGAAGGCGUUUGCAAUAACGACAAUAUACCCAGCGUGUCGUCCAUUAACAGGGUGCUCAGAAACCUGGCCUCGCAAAAGGAGCAACAGGCGGCCGCGGUGCAGGCGCAUCAGGGCGCCGAGAGUGUCUACGACAAGCUGAGAAUGUUCAACGGGCAGGCAGCGGGCUGGCCGCCAGCGUGGUAUUCGGCGACACCUUCCCAUCACCCCUUGGCCACGGGAAUUCCAACCGCAACUCCCGGAUCCGGCCAGACUCUCCUACCCGGUAGCCAGCUCCACGGGCGCGAUGACUCCUUGCUGAAACGAAGCGACACCGGUUCCCUAUUGUCGCAUCAACAGGAGACAACUUCGGACGGUAAUUCGGAGCACAACUCCUCCGGGGACGAGGACUCGCAGGUGCGGCUGAGGUUGAAGAGGAAAUUGCAGCGCAACCGAACUUCCUUUUCUAACGAACAGAUAGACAGCCUCGAGAAAGAAUUCGAGCGGACACAUUACCCGGACGUGUUUGCACGGGAGCGUCUCGCCGAGAAGAUCGGAUUACCUGAGGCACGUAUCCAGGUGUGGUUCAGUAAUCGCAGGGCGAAGUGGCGUCGAGAGGAGAAAUUACGGAACCAGAGGAGGGCGGCCGUCGAUCAGGUGGUUGCCGGCGGCAGCAGCGGGGGUAGCAGCGGCGCCGCGCCCCCCGCGGCCACCCCCGCUACGCCACGGUUGCCCUUAAACGCCGGAUUCAACGCCAUGUACUCGUCGAUACCGCAACCAAUCGCCACCAUGCCCGACACGUACAGCUCGAUGUCAAGCAGCCUGGGCGGCUCAAUGGGUGGAAGCUGUCUUCAGCAACGUGCCGAGGGCUACCCGGCGUACGUGUUCCACGAGCCGCUUCAUUCGCUCACGCAGUCUUACUCUCACGCGCACAGCGCGGCCGCGCACUCGCAACCUCAUCGCGGCAUCCCGACGUCUCACGGCGGUACCCCCGCGACGCCGGGUGGACAACCCGCCGGCCCAGGUGGAGCACCCUACCAGCCGACGACCUCGACCGCGACCGGAGUGAUAUCGGCCGGCGUCUCGGUGCCGGUGCAGAUCCCGUCGCAGACUCCGGACCUGGCGGGCAACUAUUGGCCGAGGCUCCAGUGAUCCCAGCUCUUCGGGUUCCCGCCCGCGAGCUUGCUCGUAGGCCAGGAGAGCCCGCCGCCGCCGAGCGCCACCCCGGGCGCGGUGCCUCGACCGCUCCUCGCAUCCCUUGGGAUACCGACGCAGUCGACGCAGCAUCAGGCCCCGAGCACACCGGCGACCACUCCCGUGCACAAUUCCGACACCAGUGAGUGAAUCAACUGAUUUUCUCGUGCCACGUGCUCCCCUUCAUCGCGGAGGAAGAGAGAGAGACUCACCUCGUUUACCUGAGAAGCAGGUCGCGGUGUCUCGCCGACGGCGACGCGAGCCGUCGCCCACGACGAGGUGGAAACGCGGAGGAACACCACGAGGGAAGGCAGGUUCGCGCGUUCGACGCCGUGAUCGCCGUCGUUCGAAGACGCGCAGUUAGCGCUUCGGUGGUGCGCGGGAACGAGCCCUGUGAGUGGCGCAAGUGCUCGGGAUCACCCUCCGUUGUCUCUCCUGUCUCCCGUAAGUUGAGAGAAGCUUCUUCCUUCGCUUUCGGUACCGUCGCUCGCGCGUCGCCGGAACUCGCCGAUUUUCCACUUCAGCGAAGUUCUCUCGUCGGAAGCGAGCGUCCGUCGAGUGGCGUGUAUUUUAACGAGCGACGCAGCGCGCGAGCGACGUGCCCGCUUCGCGAUGACCCGAUCGCGGACGAUUUAUUGUAUUCGAUCGUCCGCCGGAGGUAACAGCGAGCUAACACACUCGCGCCGCGACCGCCGAUCUUCCCGCAGGCCGAAUCAACAACUCGCGUCCUCUCGAACGUUUACGACCGUCAAUUUUCUGAAAGGCAAUACACCUAUCUACCACGCGAAACUAUUCGAUUAGGGUAGAAGCAUAUAGGAUAUAGGUUCUCCUUCCCCCCCCGCCCCUUCUUCGACAAUUUGUAAGUUUGCCGACGCCCGCAUUGACGAUCGUAACGGAACGUAGCGGCGUAGCGAAAUUUUUGCGCGAGAAUGGCGGCGGCCAUGUCUCGUCGCAAUUAAGUUUCCCUCUCGAAAUCGAACGAAAAUAUUCUCUUUUCUAUUUUACACCCUCGUCCCCUCCUCCUCUUUGACUAACAACCCGGUUACACGCAGAGCGGAAAACUUCACGCGGACGGCACGUGAUCGAUUUUUGCAAGCCGAUCGACAUUUACGCAUCUUCCACUCCGUGUCUGAUCUAGAUUUCGUAGAUGUAUACGCAUGACCCGGGUCACGCAGGGUACUCACCUACUCAUGAGAACACGCGCGAACGAUUUGCAUCGGCUGUCGUCGUUGUCGGGAGAAAACCCACGCGUGAAAAAUCGCGAGACAAUCGUCGUGAAAAUUCACCCAUCCAUCCCCCGGAGGACCUCCCCAUCCGCGGAAAAAGAAACGGGACGAAGAAAUCCUUGGGGCGAACGCGGCGAAGGAUUCCGAUUCGCCGCGCGCACGCCGAUGAAUUUGUUUAUUUAUUUCUUCUUUCCGCCACCAAGACGAAUCUUUUUAACAAGCGCGACGCGCGGUGAAGUUAUUUUUCAUUUCAUUCGGGGCGCGCGAGCGCGAAUCCUCCCCUUUUCGGUUUUUCCCGAAAGUCGAUCGAUGUCAAGAGCAUUCAUUAAAUUUACAGCGGGUUCCCGGUUUUUCGGGGGUAUCGGGCAGCUUUAUUACCGGAUUUAUUGGAUACCGCCGGGCGCAUAUUGUUUGCCGCACGUUGUAUCGGUUUCCGGCAAAUAUUUUCCUUCGUGUAAGGGCGGCCGCGAACCGCGUGGAAAUUGAAAGGGAGCCGCAGACACGUAGGCAGCCCGCCGGCUCCCGCGCGCCCCGAAAUAUAUUCUCGCGAGAGUUUAGGGCGUGCGGCGGCGGAGGCGCGCACGAUGAGGCUGAUUUCGUUGCGGGAGGGAACGGCCGGGGGCUGAUAGGCUGCCCUGGAGGGUGGCUUUUUUCGGCGAAAGGCCGGCCAUCGUGUCUGCCGGCAGAUAUGGCGCCGGAAGACACCACUCUCUCUCUCUCGAGAGAGAGAGAGAGAGGACGCGGUAUCCCUCUGUGUCUGCUUCUCCGUGAACGGCGAAACAUCGAUCGGCGAAAAGUACCCGGGAGAAUCGUGUCCCUUACGUUCGCAGCGUAUUUGUAAUUUCAUACCUCUUCUCUUUUUCUUCCGUGAACGGUAAAAAUAUCACACGCACACGUACGUACUUUAUCGAUAUCUACGACGCGCGUCGUAACUUUAGUGAUUUUUCACGCGCGGGUUCACGUCGCGUUUUCGCAAAAAUGCAAUCGCGUGCACGCGUCACGGACUACACUGUAUUUAAACCUAAUCGAGAUCGGUGUGCAGAAUCUAUUGAAAAUAGCAAUAUUAUCGGUUUUCCGAUCCUCCUCGGCGUAGCGUCGCGGAUAGCGUUCUUUUCUAAAGCUCGCGCGAACUGUUCGCGCGAGCCGGACACAGCCAAUCGGAAAUGAUUCGAUUGAGAAAAUCCUUGUUUAAUCAAUAAUACACGUCACUCUCGAUACGUACGAACGAUCAUCGGCCGCCGAUACUCCCGGUCCGCACGAUACACGAUUCUAGAUUAAGACAAUCCGUAGCUUGUAUCGUCGUUAUUACCGUAAUGAAGGCACGAUGAGCUCGCGAGGAGUGAACCGACGUAAACGUAGUGAGACCACGCGUCUCGUAUAGGCGUUACGAUAAACUUUCGGAGGUGGCCAAGAGAGUGAGAGAGAGGGCAUGGGCGUUCGCGUCGGUAUUUAUCGCUAUUAAUGUAGACGUAUCGCUGAGAUGAGACGGACCGAAGAGACGGAUUCGUCCUCCUAUGCCCGAUGGCGAUUACAUUGGUGCUCGCAGUAACGAGGAAUCUUCGGGAAUCGGCACCGGGAACUCGUUAAUCGUCGCCGCAUACACGAUCGAGGCGCACACAUACACAUACACACACACACACACGCACGCAGAGACCCUUUCGAUUUCGCUGUAUAAAAGUGACUGUAAGAUAGCAAAUUUGUUACUCUCUCUAGACCAGAUACUGUAAAUUAGAGAUAAUUACCGCCACCGUUGUAUAUAUAUAUACACACACACACUCACGUAGAUAAGUAUCAGACGAAUUUCAGAAUUACGUUCGAACGUAUCCACCUUAUAAACUACGCAACAUCUUAUCCGUGUAUUCAAUGUUUUCCCUUUCAUCGAAGUGACGACUCCGUCACUUACACCGUGCAGCAGCAGCAGCCGCAGCAGCAAAAGCAGCCGCAGCAGCCAAACUUCAAUAAAAUCGAAUGAUCUGAGCCUACAUUUAUUCACCCAUCAGUUCGCAAAUCAUAGUCGAGCGCACGAGCUUUCGUUUCGUAGACGAGUUUCGGAACGAAUUUCGCAAAGUAAAGUAAAUUAUCAACGAGGAUGCGAAAGGAAUCGCGAUGUUUCCAUCCGAUACGUCCGUGCGUGUGAAAGGAUCGUUUCGCUUUGUGAAACUGCAAUAUUUCUUGCGCGAAACAGUCGUGCGAUGAAAUUUUUACGACAAAAUUAUCCGUGUAAUCACAAAGUUAAAUUCGAUGAUAUUAUUCGCGAUAAACAAAAUAAUGGCAUAGCUUUGAAAUCACAAGGAGAGAUACCGCCAACCACCUGUGCGGCCUUAUCGGGAUUUCGACCGAGGUGAGGGGGAGGAAGGGAGGGAGGUUGUGUAUGCGUGAUCCAUUUAAUCGAUGCAUUUCGAUCACUAUCUCCCGGGGUUGCAGCACGUUUUUUAGUAAUUGAGUCGCGCCGCACGAUCGCGUCGAAUAAUUAGUCACUGAUUCGUAGGUGUGGAAAAAACCGUGCGAAAACAGCGACUCGAUAUUUUCGAAUUUUAUCUCGUUCCGGAACUCGACCGGCUCUCUUUUUUUUUUUUUACCGAAGGGCGGCAUAUAUCCGAUAUUUCUCGCGUCGCGAUAUUCCGAGGUGACUCGCGCGAGCGCGGUUAACUCUCUUCUUUUCUCGCGACAACGCGCAAAACGAUCGUUUCAUCGACAAUGCUGACGCGCCGUAAUAAAUGUAGGUGACGAACGCACUACGAUUAAUCAGCAGCCAAUAGAUAACCGUGAACGAUAUAACGUUGUGUUAAACAGUAUCGUGUGAAGCAUGUAAAAUUACCGCCACCCGGAGCAGUGUCGCUCUCGUUUCUCGUCGGCGUUUACACGGUCACGUAGGGCCCGUGUAAACUUGUUGAACGUUUGUACGCGAAGAGCACUUCACGGGGGAAUGUACUGUACAUUAGUGUAAAUUUAUAUUUUUGGAUGAAAACACACGAAAAUAAAAAGCAGCGUGCGUGAGUCGUGCGCGCGCGCGCCGGAAGAAUCCUCCGGGUGCAGCCGGAGAGCGCCGCCAUAGAAUCGAUCUCGCGAUGAUAAACUUUAAUUUCGAGACUACCUUCCUUUCAAUAUGCCAGUGCCACUUCCUUGUUAUGGAAAUUUUCAUUGCGUCUAAGGUGCGAAAGGAAGAGGAAAAGCUCUUUUUCAAUGCUAAAUUGUAGAUAUAUUUCCUUCACGAAGUCUUUCAUGAGACGAAAUUCGUGUGUAGAAUAUUUUCUCUCUCUUUUUUUUUUCUUUCUUUUUUUUUUUAUGGCGUUAAACUUGUGAGAUAUUUUACAAUUUUGUUGUUUGUACGAAAGUGCCAUAUUAUAAUUUCGAGUAAAUGAGAGAUAGAGGAGAACAAAUUGUCAGAUGAAAACGAUAUACGAAGCGCCGGAAAUUUCGGAGAAUCCACGAAAUAUUGCGACCUGUCCAAAUAUUUUACAAGUAUGAUACAUGCAGGCGUAUCUCCUUCGAUACUCGAAGAAAAGGUAACGUCGGAUUAUCGGGAAUAACUGAAAUAUAAACCGUGGUAACCGUUCAUCGGUGUUCACACAGUGAUUAUUCGAAGAAGCGCUCUAAAAUGAAUUCAAUAUACGCGCUCGCUGUAUACGUAGUCGCAUACACGUCUGCAUGAGGGAUUCUCCACAAACAGGCGCUGCACUUGCAACUUGCAACAGGCUGUGUAUUUCGCGAAGAGAGUGGAUUAAAGUAAUUCUCAUUUAUUACGUUACCUUUGUGAAUCUACGUUUGCACAUAGAACUUUUGCGAAACCGAACCGUUACCGCGCAAUUUUAUGCAUGUGAAAUACGUGCCGACGGAAUUAUGCUUUAAUCGUCUCACACACAUACACACACAUACACACACACACACACACACACACACACAAUCGACACGACGCGGAAGUGGUUACGCGACUUUCUUAUUAUCUGUAAUAAUACUACUAAUAACGACUACAGUGUAUGAGUAUUAACAAAUUUAUUAAUGAGAAUAAUAUAUUAUUGCGACAGUAAUCUAUAUAAGUGUUGUGAAUAAUGAGAUAAUAUUGUUGCUGUGAUUAACUUUAAGAUUGUAAGUAGUAGGAAAUAGAACCACUGUUAGGUGUCACUGUCUCGACUCAAUAAAUGUUAUUUCAUUUUAACGCCAAAUCAUCAUUCUUUAUUCAUAAUACGCAGUUAUAAUAUAUUCCACAUCCCAUAUGGAAACAUAAUACGUAUACGACACGUGCAAGCUCUUACAAAGUAGCAGCAUGAGAAUAGAAAAUUAUCACCAUAAUGGAAAAUAUCACAACAGUGACGCACAACUAUAUAUGCUUCAUAUAAUACAUGCGGUGUUUUUUCACACAUCUUAAUACGAUUUCCUAAUAACGAGUUACAUAUGCAGAGAGAAAGAUACAGGUAGCAACAUGCUAACGAUAUUGCGAACGAUCGAAACAGUAAAAUUAAAUGUAAAGUUUUCUAUGUUA